GAAACGAAAGGGCGGGCACAUUUCGAAAAGACAUAACGUUUAAACCGUGCCCUGACCCUGACAAUAAAGUGUUGGCCUUUACAAUAUUUCUGAAAGCUUAAUCAGCAAAUAUUUUUGGCUAUAAUGCAAAGUAUAACGUGAGAAUUUUAUUUUGUCUACAGUUAAGAUACUUUAGAGCGACCCGUUAUUCAGAUUAACAUCUGUCUACCAAUCCUGACUUUCUUGUCAUGAAUCGCCUAAGUAAAACAAAUGGUCAGGACAAAGUUCAGUCUAUUUCAAUCAGAAAUUUACCGGUGGAUGUAGAUGACAAAAUCCUGAGGAGUAUUAUACCUUCGGCUAAAAAAAUCAGUUCACACAAGCAAACAUUUUUUAUCACAUUUUCUACUGUGAAGGGCUAUACAGAUGCAUUACGUCGUUUAAAAAGAGUCGAAUUCAAUGGAGUUAAGGUAGUAUCAAGAAGUUUGCUGUAUUUUAUAUUUUGAAUAAAUAAUAGCUUAUUCACUAGUCAAACUAUGUAUUUACUUUGCAGCUAAAUACACAAGUUUUCAAAUGAUCUAUUCGUCGUCUAUCGAAGUAUUUUAUAAAAACUGUUUUCUCAUUGUAAUUGGUCAGACAAUAUAUUAUAGCUAACGAAUGAAAUUACAGAAAUCUACUAACUAAAAAGCAAUCAGUGAUAUGAAUUAUAAACAAUCCUAUGUGAUGUUUCAUUCACCCUAACACUUAGUGUUCAGUAAUACCCAGAAGCACAAUACAGAUGUCAGAUUUAUUGGUUCUCAAGAAAUAACGUCGUGGAUACCUAUUUCUUGAUAUUUUUUCGCCAUACUAUUGUUUGGACUAGUCUUUAUACAAUCCAAUGAAUUUCUCUCAAUAGAUUCUUACAAAUGCAACUAAAUUCAUCUUGUGUAAAAUUCCUAAGUAACAGCUUCGAAAAAUUACAUGGACGUUCUAUAAAACCAACUGUAAAAUCUAUUUGUCGACCAUCACAAUCCAAAAAUGUAAUUCAACCAGAAAAUGUUGAAUUAACUGUUCAAAACCUGCCUCAGUCGACUACACUAACUCAGCUUAAAGUAGAAUUUCCUACAGCAAUAUCUAUAAAAUUAAAAACUGAUAUAUGGGAUGUACAGAAAAAGUCAUGUUUGCUAAAAUUUCAAUGUUCAGAAGAUCUCGAAGAUGUAUUUGAAGAUUGUCAUCACAAAUUAAUUGGAGGUCAGACUAUUAAAGCUAUAAUUGGUGUUCAAUCAACUCUUCAUUACGAAUCCUGUGGUGCUGAUGAUACACAAGAUAUUCAUGGGUUUGAACUUGUUAGAGUACUAUCAAACAUUGACGAUGAUAAAAUUCGUAAACAAUUUCCUGAGAAUGUUAUAGUUGAUUAUCAUUCAAUACCUAAUAAUGAUUUAGUCACUAGAAAUGUGUUUAUUCGUUUCGUAAAACAAGGAUUCAAUUGGCCACUUAUUAUGAUGUUAAAAAACAAUGUAUUUAGUGGAUUUCCUUUUGAAUGUCGACCAUGGACCAAUUCUAUGUUUUAGAAGCAGAAUGGAGAGAAUAACUGGACGAUCACAAAUAUUACAGUGUAGGGAAAACAAAACAUUUAUUUUUAGAAAUAAACUACUAUUCUAGAAAGAAAAUUUAAAGGAUUUUUUGUAGUUAUGUAUAAUUUUACAUGUUUAACUUUGGUACUUUUAAAUAAAAAAGUUCCAACCUCCUG